UAUAAAAGCUAUUUCACUUCCCACAAGUUCAAAUCAUUGUGCACAUCUAUUAAAUUGUCUAGAAUCAAACGCAAUAAAGUAAUAACGACAAUGCUGUCUCUAUUAUCUGUAAGCCCAAUGGAAGCCGAGCUCUCCCCAAUCAGUGUGGACUGUCUUGCAAGAGAACUGGAAGGAUGCUGUUUAGUACUACUGGUAGACAUCAGACCAAGCUCACAGCACUGCAGCAGCCAUAUACAGAGCUCAGAGAAUAUUAACUUCACUAACAUACUGCUCAGGAGACUCACGAAAGGAGUCGUGAAGCUGAACACACACGUAUCAAACCAAGAGCUUGUGGAGAAGCUCACGCAGCGGGACCCAAGCUGCACCAAACUAGUACUCUACGACAACACUUCCAAGAAAGGAUGCAUCAAGUCUGAGCUCACCAAGCAUGCAGAGGUGCUGUACAAGACGUGCAGUCAGUCGACUUCCACUCAAGUAUACUACCUGGAUGGUGGAUUCACUGCCUUCUCUGAGCACUACCCCACCCUCUGCGAGGCGAACUCACCCAAGAGCUCCCACGCACCUAUUGGGAUCUCACUCAGUGCCAGUCUCCCGAUUAACUUUGCACGUUCUGCCACUCGACAACAACCACAAAGAGCACAGACUCCCCUGGAGGACGAAGCCAGUCGGUUUGGACCCCCUGUGGAGAUCUUACCAUUCCUUGUAUUGGGGUGUGCAAGAGACUCGAGCAACUUGGCAUUGCUACGGGAACACGAUGUGACCGCAGUUCUUAAUGUGUCCCACAACUGUGUCAGCCAUUUUAAGGAGUUGUUUGAGUACAAGAUAAUCCCUGUGCAAGACUCGCAUCAAGCCGACCUCCUCUCACAACUGGACACAGCAUUCGAGUUUAUAGAUUCGAUUAAGGCCAAAGGUGGCAAAGUGUUUGUACACUGUCAUGCUGGAAUCUCGAGAUCAGCCACAGUCUGUAUCGCAUACAUUAUGAAACACAGGGAACUGAGUCUAUCAAAAUCCUACGACUUUGUGAAGCAGAAGCGACCAUGCAUCUCACCGAACCUUCACUUCAUGGGACAGCUGUUAACAUACGAAAAAGGUCUCCAAGAAGAAUCUCCUAAUAAAGAUUCUGCUCUGUUCUUUGAACCCUCUCUUCCAAUGGACAUUGAGAGUAUUCCUGUCUCUAUCAUAGCUACUCCUCACGAGCAGCCCAUGUCUGGUGUUGACCGAGGCUUCAGUCUGCGUCUACCACUCCAGUUCACGUCUAUUAGUGACAGAAAGUGUCGCUUAAAGAGAAAAGUACCGUCUGCAAGUGCUCCCACUUCAGUAGAUAUUCCUUCUGUACCAGAAGUGGAUGAAACGACGACACCUUCUAACCCCAAAUCGAUUAGAACGUCUAUUGAGAUACCCUCAUACAACUACGAGCUAAUGGGACAAUUCUACAGCAGUACAGAUGGUAUGCUCUACCCUGUGAAGAGUGUGCAGAUACAAACAGGCAGUCUACCAGCCACUCCAGUGGAGAGCCCUCGCCAUAUGCCCACACUGACAACGUGCAGAACUCAAAUAAUGAACUUACAAUCAAGUUUAGGCAAUUCAAAACCUUUGGACACUUCACUUAGCCCCUGUAGAGUUGUUGCUUGUAAUGGUGGUCGUUAUGUUUAGAUAAAGUGGUUUUCUGUUUUGGUUUUUCCAUUAAAAAUUUUCAUUGUACAUAA